AAUUACUGAUCUAAUUACGUGACAACGAGACGAUCGGCAGCCGGAACUGUUUGACAAACUGCUGUCAGUCUGGGACGUCUUCCGCGCGCGUGCCAUCACGAGUGCCUUAGCCCACCCUUAGUGAUAACGUAUCACCUUGAACAUCAGUGUGAUAGCUGUCACCUCACUGUGAUGUGUGACUGACGCGUGCCGACAUCAGGUGCCGCAGCGGCAGCCUGGGCUGCGCCAUGAGUCUUCACACGCCGAGCGAGAGCCCCAGCCCGCGACCCGACCCCGAGUGGGACAUCAACGAGAUCAGCGACGCCAGCGUGCCAAAGGUGGUGCGAUACAGCACGUUCGAGGAAUGGCCGGACGGUGAUUUCCAGAGGGUAUACGCUCCCGACUCGGAGGACGCCAAGAAGCACACCUCCGGCUGGGCCAUGCGCAACACAAACAACCACAACGUGAGCAUCCUGAAGAAGAGCUGCCUGGGCGUGGUGGUAUGCUCGGACUCGUGUGUGCUCGAGGAUGGCUCCAUGGUGCACCUGCGACCGGCCAUCUGCGAUAAGGCGCGACGAAAACAGCAGGGGAAGCCGUGUCCGAAUCCGCGCUGUGCUGGAAAGCUGACCAUCAUCGCGUGCAGAGGCCACCAGGGCUAUCCGGUCACCCACUUCUGGAGACACACGCCGUUCGCCACCUUCUUCCAGGCUAAAGGCGUGCACAGCCACCGGCGACCCGAGGCCAAGUCGACCGCGGAGGCUCGCCGCUCAGUGGGCUCCAGCCGCCGGCAGCGGCACGGACCGACGUCCGCACCGCCACCUGGCGAGCCGUCCGGAAAACUGCUGCAGAGGGCGCUACUGGGCGGCGAGCGGCCGCCGCCGGUCCCCGUUCCCGUGCCCGUCUGCUCAGAGGAUUCAUCGUGGACCAUGUGCUCGUGUCCUCCAUUCGAGUGCGUGUGCCAAUGGAGCGGCUCCAGCCCGGCUCCCGCCUACCAGGAGCCGGCUCCCGCGGUGGCUCCGCCGCCCAGCUCCAACUCGGCCGACUGGAUGGCCACCGACACUGCCACCUGCUGGCAGCCGACUGAAGCUGAGGUUCGGUACAUCCUCCGUCCAGACUCCGAGGGCCAGCCGUAUGCGAAAGGCACGUUCUCCGGCAAUCGGAGUCCGUACUACGGCGAGGCGGAUGCCGACGGAUUCUCGGACUACAUGUGGGAGAUGCCACUGAUGUAUGGCACCGAAGCUCAGUACGGUCAUUACGCCCCGGCGGCCGCGGACGAGCUAGGUGGCGCUCAGUUCGCCGGACCGAUCGGCCUGCCCCCUGACGGUCAGUUUCUGGACCAGAUUGAUCUCUCGCAGCCGGGUGACAUUUUCGCUCUAGAGCAGCCGCUGCUGAAGGCCGGUGAGGUGGUGCCGCCGUUGGAGCAGAUGGCGCCGCCGGCCGAGGGCGGCUGGGCCGUGCCGCCCCCGCCCCCGCCCCCAAUGGGACCUCCCACAGAGGUGGGGUACCUGGGACCGGCCGAGGCCCAGACUGGGCUGGACUGUCUGCAGGAGAGUGCAGGCCUGGCGGAGACGUUCGCCGCCAGUCAGGAGGUACUCUGCUACCCAAUGGAGCAGCAGCAACAGCUCAUCACUGGGUGGUGACCUUAACAGUAUGACGUCACUAACUGACGUUAUAAAGUGACAUAUACGGCGUCUUUGAGUGACGUCAGGUAUUGCGAAUCUUUUUGACGUCAGUCACUAGGUAUGACAACGCUGGGUGGUUUUUAGGCAUGGCGCCUGGGUGACGUCAGAUAUGACCUUUAAAAUAAAUGCCGUAACAUCAUAUGUUGCAGAGCAUUCGCUGACACUUUGAGGAUAGUUCUCUCCGAGUGUGGCUCCGAGUAUGCUCUCACUGACAUGCACCCAUUGCGUGCAGCAUAAUGGCGAAACAAAAUGGCUGUUGACCGCUUGUUCGUCGUGGGUAAUGUUUGCAAUUUUUCCGUGUUCACUAUGCACCUAUACUUUCUAUCUGUUGCCUUCAGUAUAGUGACGCGGCGAAGCGAUGUUCAGAUCUCAGUGACCAGUCCCUUCAGAUGCCAUGCACACAACUCCACGUUGUCAUCAUAUCUUUGUUCAUCGCUCUCACAAUUUGCGACUGUUUGUAUUUAUUGAGUGUUUGAUUUGGUGUUCAUGGGCAUAUACAACUACGCUUUCUAGAAGCCUUGUUGCAUUAUCUAGUCACCAUCUAGUAAUAGGGUUAGUGUUGUCUUUCGCACGAGUGCAUGAAUAGGUGCAUGUGCGUGGCCGUUUGGCGUUGACGGCCUAUGACACCAGGUCUCUCUUGAACGUGAUGCCAGCCAUUGUUCGUGAUAUGAUGCUUUUAGCGCAGUACGCUGUUUCAAUAAAAUGAAAACCAAGAACAAUGGAA